GCCUCAUCCGCUCUCCACCAUUAAUCAUAACGGUGUGUGUAAACUACAACCCCGAAAACACACAACACACACACACACACACGCGAGCGCGCGCGCGCGCACAACAGUUUACCAGCCCCUGUGAAAAGUUUGUGAAAGUGGCCUGACGUCACACUCCCACAAUGCUCGCGCGCCCCAUAACUCUGCUGCUGCAGCCUGAGGAGCGCGAGACACUCAGGCCCCGAAAAAAGAAAAAUUAGAGAAAAAAUUGGAAAAAAUAAUAAAAGACCAGAUCGAGAGGAGAGAGGCCGGGGACGGUGGCGCGGGGCUCCCACGGAUGAAGAUGAUGAUGAGCACUAUUGUCGCCUACUCGUCCCCAGUCAUGGCAGGUGGGACUGGAUGAGAGUGUGAAGGUAAACGAAAAAAAGACUGAAAAAGCACUUACAAUUCUUUUGGGAGACAUAAAAAAAAGGAUAGCAGACAGCUUAAGAGCCUGAAUCCCCUUAAAUACCACCGCGAUAUCGAACCAGAGCCUGGAAGGCAGGGCAGCCACGGCCGAGUUUCAAUGGCAACGGCACCCUAGGGCUGCCAUGGCAGCAGCUGCCGCCGAUGCCCCACACCACAUUGCCACACUGACGCUGGAGGACGAGGAUCGACGAGGCGCCACCAAAGUGUUUGGAGGUCCCGCUGCAGGGAGGACAGAGAGAGAGACAGAGAGCGAGAGGGAGAGGGAAGGGAGAGGCAGUGGGAACGAGUGUUUGGUGUGCGGUGCCCUCUUCAGCUCACAGGAUAAGCUCCGGCUUCACGCGUUCUGUCACGCAGGAGAGAAACCUUUCCACUGUUCCCAGCCCCAUUGUCCUAAGGCUUUCAGCUCCAAAUAUAAGCUCUUUAGGCAUAUGGCCACACACUCCCCACAGAAGACUCACCAGUGCUCGUUUUGUGAAAAGAUGUUUCACCGCAAAGAUCACCUGAAAAACCACCUGCAGACUCACGACCCCAACAAAGAGGCCUUUAAGUGCGAGGAGUGUGGCAAACACUAUAACACAAAGCUGGGCUACAAGCGCCACAUGGCUAUGCACUCAGCCACAGCCGGUGAUCUUACCUGUAAGGUGUGCUUGCAAAGCUACGAGAGCACGCCUGCACUCUUGGAGCACCUCAAGAGCCACUCAGGCAAGUCUUCAGGUGGAGCCAAGGAGAAGAAACACCCCUGUGACCACUGUGAUCGUCGCUUCUACACACGAAAGGAUGUUCGCCGACACAUGGUGGUACACACGGGACGCAAAGACUUCCUGUGCCAGUACUGUGCCCAACGUUUCGGGCGGAAGGACCAUCUGACGCGACACGUCAAGAAGAGUCACUCGCAGGAGCUGCUGAAGAUCAAGACGGAACCUCCGGAUAUGUUGGGUUUACUUGGGUCCGGUUCUCCACCUUGUGCUGUGAAAGAAGAAAUAAGCCCUAUGAUGUGUAGCAUGGGACCUACCAAGGACUCGAUGAUGGCAAAGCCUUUCCACGGUGCCACCCCUUUUCCCAUGGGCAUGUACAACCCUCAUCAUCUCCAGGCCAUGUCCAAUCCGGGUGUGGGCCACCAUCACUCACUGGUUCCUGGGACUUUAUCCACUGCCAUGGGGAUGGGCUGCCAUAUGGAACCUCCGUCAUCGCUGCACCACCAUCACCCACAUCAUCAUCAUCAUCAUCACCAUCCUCACCAUCACCACCACUCCCCACCUUCACACCAGCAGCAGCCUCCCCUGCAGAACCAGCAACAGCAGCACCCACAGCCACCGCCCAAGUACCAGCUCGGAUCUACCUCAUACUUGCUGGAGAAGCCCCUGAAGGUGGAGAUGGAGAGUUUCCUGAUGGAUCUUCAGAGUGGACUCCCAGUUCCUCCGCCACCCUCUGCUGACCCUCACUCAGCAGCUUCGCCCAAUAAGGAGGGUUUGGAACCUCCGGUGGGAUUGUCGGAUGACCUUUGCGGGGACCCCCUCAUGUCCAAGAGCCCCGCCGUCAUUGCUGAGUCUUUGUGUGCUGCUAACAUGGACUUUUCUCACCUGCUGGGCUUUAUUCCACUAAAUCUGCCACCCUAUAGCGCCCCCAUGAGUUCAGGAGGACUGGUAAUGGGUUACUCCACCACCUCCACCGUUUCUUCUUCCUCAUUGUCGUCAGCGUCUUCGCAUGCUGCCGAACCACACGCUGCCUCGGCCACAGCUGCAGUGCCUCUUACCUCUUUGCAACCUCAACCUCAGGAGCAGCCAGGGGGGCUCGGUCUUGGGCCUCUGCACCCACUCCCACCAGUGUUCAGCUCUAGCCUCAGUACGACCACUCUGCCUCGCUUUCACCAGGCCUUUCAAUGAGGUCCCCACACCAGCCUGGCCUGUCACAGGGGCUCAGGGCAGAGGAGCAUUAGUGCUCCCCAUAGGUGUGGGGAAACAGAACACUUGAACACAUAGAAGCCUUAACAAAAGCGCACAACAGCUUUUUAAUGAGCCUGGAGGAAAACAAGCAUAUGAAAUAUCAUGGAGCUUUUAUUUAGGCUGUCUGAAUUUAGCUAUGAUUUUUUUAAAUACCCUUUUGAACCUCUCCCACCAUCCCCUGUCCUACAAUUUCGUAGUUAAACAGCAGCAUCAGUAGGCCUUAAGGCAUGGUACUGCAUACUUUAUAAAGUAAUAAUAUGAGUAGAAAAAGGAAAAGAUUAAUGUAGAAAAGAUAAUCAGUCUUUGAGACUCUGAAAGACUAGUUUGAAGUGAUUUAUAUGAAUUUUGUUUUCUUUUCCAAAUGUGAGACCUGACUUAAAGUCAGGUAAUAGUUGCUUGCCCUUAAACUAAAACCGUCUUCAUGGCCAGGAGUGGAAGAAUUAGUGAAGGAAUGAAGGAGUGAAAUUGGUUAUUAUUCCAAAUCUAGUUUUUAUAUAUAUAUAUAUCGCAAAUUUAAGACUCAAUCAAGUAAUUAUCAUCACCAAAUCACAUCUGAAUUUCAAAAGCAGUUUAAAAAAAAAUAAUGCAGUGUAUGUGAUUAGAUGAAAAUAUCCGCUUUUUUUGUGUUAAUACAAAUUUACACGUGUUGGAAUGGUCAGUAACUAGUUUUUAUGUGAGAGAAGGGACUGAAAAUAGAAAGGCAAAGAGGGUAAAAACUGCACAGUUUGUUCAUUUGGUACAAUGUGACCACUGACAGAACUAAAGCAAAAUAAUUUUUACGUUAAAAUCUUACAGGUUUACAAUUUUUCUCAAAAGAAGCACUUUGUUUACAGCAGAAGGCACUUGACCUCUUUGGGUUGCAAGAUGACCCACUGAAAUCCCCUCCCUUUUUCCCACUCUACCUUCACGCUUCCUGUAAAGAGACACACACACACACACACACACACAAAGUUCAAACAACCAUCAAGUAUCUUGGAAUACUCAACUGCUCUCCGAGUCUCGAAAUGGUUUUCCUCCUUCCAGCACUAAUUUUAAGUCUCCGUGGCGCAACAAUAUCUCACUUCCAGAUCCUAUAUAUAUAUAUAUAUAUAUAUAUAUUAAGAAAAAAAGUAUUUUAAGCAGGUUUUUAUUUUAGAGAGAGACAUACAUUAUGAUAACCCUGAUAUAUGUGAAUGGAAAAAAGACAAAACAAAAACAAGAAUAUUUUUUUGCAGUGUACGAAGUACCACAUCAAAAAAUAUAUAUUAUAAUUGCUUCUUUUUCAGUCUAUUUUGUAAUUUAGAUAGUUGUAUUAAAAAUUGCUGAUGGAUUUUUAAAAAAAAAAAAAUGUCUAGCAGGUUUACAUAAUUAUGUAUCUUGCAUCAUAUUGAACAAAAUGGAUGAAGUAUUAGCGUUUCCCUAUAGCUUUUCCCGUUCCUUGUUUUUCCAUGUGAGUCAAAGGAGAUGAAUAAGGUGGGAUUUUACCUGCAUAUAAUAGACUAAUAGUGGCAUAAUCCAGUAGAAUGGACUAGUCUUUAAUCUUUAGAGCAUGUACUAGAGGCCCAUAAUGUGAUCCAGGUUUCAGUUUGCGUUUUUUAUUCUCAGUAUUCGAUCAGACCUGACUGAUGCUGUCUAUUGGUGUGUUUGGUUGUACAGUUUUUAACCUCCAUUAUAAUUUGCACCAUCACACUGAAAUGUCUGAAACCACGAUUCCAGUUGCUGUAGGUUCAUUUUAAUAUUACAAAAACAGGACUUUAGAGGGGUUUUGUCAUAUAAUCUCUUAUAAGUUGCCAUUUCCCAGCAAGUGGACUGCACAAGUUCUUACCAAAUAAUCAUUCAUUACCAAUGGCCAUGUGUGUAAAGAAACAGAUGAUCAACGUACCAGCAGUGAAAGCAGUGCCUGAUACAAACAGAUGUACUUCUCUCUCUCUCUCUCUUCUCCUCAUCCCUUUGGGUUAAUCUAUUCUGUGUCCGCAUCUGCGUUUAUAGUGAAUGUGAAUCUCACAAGCAGGAAAGACAAUAGAAAGGUAAAAAGGCCACAUUGCAAAACUAAGACGAAACAAUAUUAUGCUGCUCUUUGUGCUGUGGUUGCCAGCAACCAUAGACCACUCUGGAAACAUUUUAAACUGCAAAUGAUCGUUUAGCAGAAAACAUGCACAGUAGUACACGUGAACUGUCUGUCCGUUUUCUCUGUUUUUCAGCUGCUUUGAUUCGAAUGAACAUUUUAUGAAAGGGUCUGAAAAGAGACACAAAGAAGUCACCAGCCUGGUCUUUGACAUUCAAAGCAUGGGACAUUUGAUUGGGAUAUUGCCUAGUCGUUUUGUCAUUAUAUUAUUUUCUGUUUGUUGAAACAGGACCUCAAAACAGCACAACGCAUCACCUCAUUUAUUUGUUUUUCAUACCAAAAACCUGGGGAGAAGAAACUUCUUUUUGCACAAUUGCUACUUAAGGACUAAUUGAGUUAGUUUUGUUUACUUAAAAUAAUCGUUUCAUAACGAAGCCAAAAAUAUUAAGUUGUCCCGACGUUCUACUCUCAUAUUCAUUUAUAAAAAGGUCAUUAAUGGACUUUUGUCCAAAAAGACAUUUUUUAAUUUAAUUAAAAAGUUAGAGGAAUUAAAAAUGUCCUUUAAAAUGCAAUGAAUGUGUACAGACAAAUUUAUGAAAUCGAAUUAUUUUUAAAAAUUGGAAUUUGAAGCUGAAAGGGUUAGUUCACCCGAAAAUGAAAUUUCUGUCAUUAAUUACUCUCCCUCAUGUCGUUCCACUUUGUUCAUCUUCAGAACACAUAUUAAGAUAUUUUUGAUGAAAUCUGAAGGUAUCGGAUCCACACAUAGUGGCAUCACUGCGUGAUUGCAGUGGCUCAACCUCAAUGUUCUGAAGCGAUGAGAAUACUUUUUGUGUGCAAAAACAAAACAAAAAUAAUGACUUUAUUCAACAAUUUGAACUGUUUUCAUACGUAGUGAACUCAGUGCAGGCUUCCUUGUUUACGUCCGAACGCCAACUCAGUAUUGGCCGAAGCUGGUCACGUGAUCAGCAUGACGCAUGCAUGUGAAGCUGACACGGAUUCCGGCCAAUAAUGAGCCGGCAUUCAGAUGUAAACAAGGAAGCUUGUUUUGUUUUUGCACACAAAAAGUAUUCUUGUCGCUUCAUAACAUUGAGGUUGAACCACUGCAGUCACGCUGACUAUUUUAACCGUGUUAACCAAACUACCUUCUGGACGUCAAAUGUGUGGAUCAGAAACCUUCAGAUUUCAUCAAAAAUAUCUUAAUUUGUGUUGUGAAGAUGAACGAAGGUCUUACAGUUGUGGAACGACAUGAGUGAUUAAUGACUGAAAUUCAUUUUUGGGUGAACUAACCCUUUGAGCUAUCAAAAAGUAAUUUAUUUUUAAGAAACUGGAGUAACUAUGUUUAACAGAACAAAAGAAAGCUUUUGGCAAUUUUUGAGUUUGUCCUCCCCGGGUUUUCUGUGAGCUGAUCUGAAUUCUAGCACUUUUAAACCUUUAAAAAGAGUAUUUUUCAGCCUUGUAUGUUUGUAUGUUAUUAAUUUUGUAUUUGAUCUUGUAUGUGCCAUUAGUUUGAUGUGUAGAGUUUAUUCAUCUUUAUGUAAUUGUUGUUUUUCUCCUUUCUCCAAAAGAGUAACAGUAUUUUAGAUAGAUUUUCACUAAUAUUAACUGCAUUGGCCAUUUUCCCCACGUCGUCUUGUCAUACAUUCGAGGAAGUCAUUUAAUCUUAAAAUAGAUGUUGUUAGAGUAACAUGCUUAGUGUCUGAAACUUGACAAAAUCAUCAUCGCCACAAACAAACGAGAAACCAUUUCCAGCUCCAUCUAUGACUGAGGCGUUUUCAAUCAACAUUAGUAAUAAUAAUAAUAAUAAUAUCAGGUUUGGCUGCUGUGAGAUUUCCUCCAGCUUCUCUGCCCCCCCAAAAAGCACUUUUGGUUUAAAUGAAGUUUUAUAUAAUAACUGCCUGUGGAUAGGUGGAGCUCAGCAUCUGAUUGUAGGUUGUUUUUUCUUUCUUUCUUUCUCAGAAUACCAGCAAUAUUCAGCAACAGACAUUCAGAAGUAGAAUUAGUCAGGUUAACCAAGUUACAAUGGUUCUUUUCCUCUCCUGUAGCAAUGCACUUGUCCUUUUGUUCCCACAAUACUAGUUGGUGCCUAUAACAAAAACAUGUUAAGGGAAACGAUGAGGUAACCAAGCUAGGGCAAUCCGACUUUUAAGAAAAGGAAAAAUGAUUCAAUAAAAUGCUCUUCCAGCUUUUAGUGAGAAAAUGGGUACGUCCGCAGAGGACAAAAUCCACUUGUAGUUUGAUAUAUUUUAGCUUAUCGUAAGUCUUGCAUUCCAAGCUUUUUAUCUAACUUGUUUAGCAAUAUAGUCGUUUUAUUUUUAGUACUUGCUUAUUACCACGACUUCUGGAAAAAAAGUGAAAACUAAAAAAAGGAAUAUUCAUCCGUACACUAUUUUAUAUAACAUGGAGAUGAUGAUGAUGAUGAUUGACAGGACGAACAAACAGUGCGCUUUUUUUGUUACACAGCUCACCUGCGGUCAGUUGCUGCAUUGUAAAGUUGACAGAUUUGUAUAUUGGUUGAUCCAAAGAGAUGACAUUACAACAAACCUAUUUACUUAUUGUACAGUACAUUGUACCAUUUGACUUGUAAUGUGUUAUGUUAAAAUGAUUAAAAGACAAACCCACGGUU